AUGCAGCCCGUCGCAUUCCUCGGCCUCUGGGCCAUCGCCGCCUACUUCAUCUACAGCGCCAUCACCCACAUUGCCACCUCACGCCGGCGGGCCCGCAAGGCACGUGAGCUCGGAUGCAAGCCGGUCCCCAGGUUGAAUCUGAAUGACCCGCUUGGAAUCAACAAUGUGCGCAUGCUGCUCAAGGCCGACAAGGAGAAGCGGCUGCCGGAAUACAGCGAGGAACGCAUGGCCCUCAUCAGCGAGCGCGAGGGCCGCCGGGUCACUACAUUGAAAAACACCAUAGCUAUGGAGGAAUCGUUUUUUACGAUAGAGCCCAAGAACAUCCAGGCCAUCCUAGCCACGCAGUUCAAAGACUUCGAGUUGGGCGAGCGGAGGAACGGAAACUUCAAGCCCCUGCUCGGCCACGGCAUCUUCGCUUCCGACGGCAAAGCGUGGGAGCACUCUCGCGCCCUGCUGCGUCCGCAGUUCGCGCGCGAACAGGUCAGCGACCUCAAGCUGGAAGAGACGCACGUGCAGAACAUGCUGCGCGCACUCACGCCCAACGCCGACGGCUGGACGGACGUGACUGAUAUUCAAGUCCUCUUCUUCCGCUUGACGCUCGACUCGGCCACCGAGUUUCUCUUUGGCGAAAGCGUCGACAGUCAGCUCGCCAACCUGCCCAACUACCGCGGCAGCAAAGAUCUAGGUGAUGUCCCUCCUGAGCGCGACGAGCGCGUGUUCGCUUUUGCUUUCGACAAGGCUCAGUGGCAUCUGGCUCGCGCUGGACGGUUUGGUAAGCGGUACUGGUUGGCUCACACGGCGGACUUCAAGAAGCAAUGUCGUGAUGUGCACGCCUUUGUCGACUAUUUUGUUCAGCUGGCCCUGUCCAAGGAGUCGAAGGAGACGUCUCUCGAGAAGGGAAUGGGCAAGAAGGAGAAAUACGUCUUCCUGGAUGAGCUUGCUGCACAGUCGCGCGACCCCGUGGUCCUGAGAGACCAACUCUUAAACAUCUUGCUUGCCGGACGUGACACCACCGCAUCACUCCUCUCCUGGCUCUUCCGCUUCCUCGCCCAAAACCCGGAGACCUUCGCCAAACUCCGCCGCGUCAUCGUCGAAGAAUUCGGCGACUACGACUCCUGCAACCCCGACGACAUCACCUUCGCCCGCCUCAAAGCCUGCACCUACCUCCAACACACGCUCAACGAGACCCUCCGCCUGCAGCCCGUCGUCCCACUAAACUCGCGCCGCGCCGCCGUCGACACCACCCUCCCGCUGGGCGGCGGGCCCGACGGCCUUAGCCCCGUCUUCGUGCCCGAGGGCACCGAGGUUGGAUACAGCGUGCACGUCAUGCAGCGCCGCACCGACAUCUGGGGCCCCGACGCGGCGGCGUUCAGGCCGGAGCGGUGGGAGGGCAGGAAGGUUGGCUGGGAGUACCUGCCGUUUAAUGGCGGGCCGAGGAUUUGUAUCGGGCAGCAGUUUGCGCUGACGGAGGCGAGCUAUGUCGUUGUGAGGCUGCUGCAGCGGUUUGAGAAGGUGGAGGGGUUGAAUGUGGAUGGCAGGACGCUGCAUGGGUUGACGUUGACGAGCUGUCCGGGCGAUGGCGUGAAGGUGCGGUUGAGGGAGGCGGGGAGGGCUUAG